CGGCGGGCGCGCGGCCGGAGAUUAACGAACGUUGCCGAACCGCCCUUUCGGGAGAGCAAGGUGAUUGUAAAGCGGAGAUUGGCAGCCGAACGCAAUCGCAAGGAAUAUCGGCGAGCUCCUCCGGAAAUUGCCGAACGCCUUCGUCUUCAACCAGCCGAAGAGUUUACGGAGAUUGCCGAACGUCUUUCGGGUGUUGCUCGGCGAGCUCCUCCGGAAAUUUCCGAACGCCUUCGUGUUAAACCCGCCGAGCGUUCGCGGAGAUUGCCGAAGCCUUUCGGGUGCAGCUCGGCCGUCUCUUACGGAAAUUACCGAACGCCUUCGUGUGAAACCCGCCGAGCGUUGACGGACAUUGCCGAACGCCUUUCGGGUGCAGCUCGGCCAUUUCCUCCGGAAAUUGCCGAACGCCUUCGUGAUAAUUUCGGCGGAGAUUGCCGAAGCGGCUCGUGUUGACGGAACUUGCCGACGAGGAGCGGCCACGAGCUGGGGGCUGCUGCUGCUGCUGCUGGGAGACCGCGCGAGUGGAGCCUGGCCAGGUGGUCGAGACUAGCGACGGAGUGGCAGCCAAAGGUGGAGACCCUCCCGAGGGGACGCACGGCCGCCGUGGGAGACGGAGCGACGGAAUCCACGUGCGGGGCCCCUGCGGAUCGCUGUGAGCGAUGGCGACGUCUCGUUGGAGGAGGCUUUCGUCCCACACUGGGGGUGGAUGGUGGCUGCUGCUGCUGACGACGACGACGUUGGCUUGAAACGUCUGUGGUUGGGGUCGGGCAGAAGGAAGGAAGCGAUGGGCCUUGGAGGAAGGUGGUAAAGGAUGGGCGACUACUAUCAGGUGCUGGGCAUCCAGCCCACAUCCUCGCAGGAGGAAAUCAAGAAAGCGUACCGCAGACUGGCGCUCAAAUGGCACCCGGACAAAAACCCCGAGAGCAAGGAGAUGGCUGAGCGCAAGUUCAAGGAGAUCGCGGAGGCGUACGACGUGCUCUCUGAUAAAUCCAAGCGAGAAGCGUUCGACAGGGGUGGCAAAGAGGGCGUGAAGAACUCGACGGGCCGUGCUGGCGGAGGAGCGGGAGGCCGGGCACGUCCGAGUCGCGGAGGUCGCGACUUCGCCGACUUUGGUGAUUUUGGCGACUUUGGAGAGUUCACCUUCACGAGGGCGGAGGAGAUCUUCCGCGAGUUCUUCGGGGGGCGCGACCCGUUUGCGGACUUCUUUGGCGAGCCCUCGUGCUUCCCCCGGGGCCACCUCCUGCCCAAAGAUGACGCGUUCGCCCUCGGGGGCCACAGGGCCGGGCGGCGCAGAGUGGAGCGGCACCGGCGGCCGGAGAGAGACCUCUUCUUCUCUCCAUUCAUGGGCUUCCCCUUCAACCCUGGCUUUGCCUCCUUCUCCUCGUUUGAUGACUCGUUUGCCGACGUCGGGUUCCCCGCAUUCUCCACGGCCACGUUCGGGGACGUGGGGGCUGGCAUGGGCUCACACUUCCGCUCCGUCUCCACGACGACCAAGAUGGUCAACGGCAAGAAGAUCUCUACCAAGCGGAUCGUGGAGAACGGGCAGGAGCGCGUGGAGGUGGAGGAGAACGGGCGGCUCAAGUCCGUGCAGAUCGACGGCAAAGAGCAGCUGCACAAGCUGGAGUUUAAGAAGUGAUGGCCGUGCAGAGGGGGGGAUGGUGGGGGGGGGCUGCCGCUCGGCACCAAGGGCUCGUAACGCGGACUGAACCGUUCGACGCUCGUGCGCAACAAGCUGGGUUGGGGGGGGGGGCAUCCGGACACGCGGACCCAGUUUAGUUUUUGGUUUUAGACGCACGUACUUCCCCCUCCCCCGCCCCACCACCUACCCUCUGUCCUCUGCCGCGUAACGCUGCGGCCGGCGUGAAGUCGACCAGGGAUGGGGAGAGCCGCGUGCCGCUUGGGAGCCAAGCUGCGGCCGUGGUGGUACCGGCGGCCACUGUGACGGGACCCCCCUUCCCCCCCUUGAGCACUCUUUCUGUGUGUCCGCACGCCAGGCCGGCGCCCCCCCCAGCCCAUUCUCCCCCUGCCGCAGCACGAAACGGUGCUCACACAAACCGUUGCCACGCACGCACGCGCACAUACGCAUGCACACGCACAUACGCAUGCACACGCACGCGCUUGCCUAACACCCCUGCCCCCCCAAUCCCGACUCGCAGGGGGAAAAGCAAUAAAGGGACGUUCAAGCGCACGUACGACCGGACGUUGGGUGAAAGUUCGAAAGUGAUCGUUUUCUGAAUACGUGCUCGCGUCCUUUUCCAGUUAACGUGGAACAUUGGACCAACAUUGGUCCAACGUUGGCCCAACGUUGGCAUGUUUACCGGGUUGGCACUUCCGGCACACAUCCGUUUCUGCCCCCACAGCGAGCAGACGACGAGCGUCCUUUGCCAAACCCGAGCUCCUACUACGUCGUGAUUCUUUAGUGUUGUCGUGGAGGAGUAACACUUCUGUUUGAUUUAAGCGAUGCUUAACGCGUACAACGUAAUUUAUAUUUUGUAAUCUCGUGAUAAGAUUUGACCGAAGGGGGGUUGUUGUUGUUGCUGCGUACUUGCCGUUGUUUGGACUGGAAGUGUACGCACGCUCUCCUCUUGUCGGCGGUGCUGCACUGUGGCUGAUGAUGUUUUAUAGCUGCACUGGUGUCGCCAGUCUCGCCGCGGGAGGGCGGCGGUGGUUGGAAUCGCUCGGUCUUUGCUGUUGCGGCUCCGCUUUAGAAUAUUCCCACUUGCACAUCGAGAAGGAAUGCGUUUUGCUAUCCGAUGAAAACUACGAACCAAUCGUCCCAUUCCGGAGUGAGGUUGAACACUCCGUCCAGUGCUGCUGUUACAGCUGCCGAGCGGACACUGCGUGAGCGUGGCGAGCGUGGUGCCGUGGUGGUGGUGGGAGUGGUUCGCUCGCUCGCUCUCGCCAAGCGGUGGAGGCGCACGUUCUAUGGUCGCAGCGGGAAUUUGUUGUAUCUGAAAACGUGAUUUUUCAAGAAAAACCUUUGCCGCUACAAACACGAUGUUACUUUUGUCUUGUUGGGGGUGCAUAUUGAGCCACCCCUCCUUACCCCAUCCCCUCUUGUAUUACUACCACGCGGCCGACACUGCACGCAAAGCUUGAUUCGCCUUUUAAUGCCAAAAUGGGGAACUCUUCCGUUGGGACGCAGCAGCAGAAGCGCCGUGCGUGUUACGCGAGUCGCGCCGAUCGCUGUUUCUCAGCCCGCAUACACUCGGAAGUGGAAAUCGGCGGCGUAGCCCCUGCGACGACCCAACGAAGUGGCUAUUACAGAACUAUUUCCUGAGGUCCGUCAAAUUGACCACUGGUGGACGGAGGAGUAGCGGACGGCGCUUUACGGCGCGUGAGGUAGCGAUGUACCCGUUACUUGGCUAACCGAUGUUUGCAAUUCUCAGAAGUGUAAUUUACACGAAUUCAGUGCAUAGUAAAGUUACAUGCAAAUAUUUGAACAUUUUUAUCUUGGGAGUUUCUUGGAAGAUGAUGUCGUGGUUGUGACCUGAAUGGGGGCCGCUGUGCCCGGUGCUGCGUCUACCCAGACCGGACCACUCAAGAUUUUGGGGGGGGGUGGUGGGUGUUUGGAAGUGUAACUCUCUUUGUUUACCAUCUGUUGAGUGAUACUGGUGUCUGAUGAGCGACAGGAUCGAUGUUUCACUGCUGUAUGUUUUGGAUGUUUUAUUUGUUGCAUAUUUUAUAGAAACCCGUUAAUAAAUAAAGGACUUUCAUUCGUACUGA